GUAUGAUGCUAUCGUGAAGGUACUUUCAUCUAUGAUGUUGAGCACUGCCUAGAGGCAGUUGCCCUCCCAACUCUUAGUACGAACUAUGUAGCUUGUACUAGCUGCUGCGAAUUGAGUGGUCGCAGAUCCACAAGAAACCGCGUUUUGCCGAUUCAAAAUGGUCGAUUCUUCAGUCUUCGUUCUGUUCGAGCUCAACGUGCGUUGCUAUACUGUUCUUACUCCGUUGCCACGUUUGCAGCGGCUACACAGUGACGCGAGCGAACCUGCGAGAGGGAGAUGAAUAAAGCCACCCAUCAGGUCGACAUCGGCAUCCCCGAGGUGUAGGUGGUUAAGUUUGAUGAGCAAGGAGGCUUUGAGAGUUGCUGAGGAGCUGGUCGUGUGGCCGUGUGGGAGAUGAUGCCGGACUUCAGCUGAGAAGUGUGCACUUUGUGUUGACCACCCACCCGUAAUGCCAUCAACUUCAAAUUAGCCGUGGUCUUCUUUGGCGGUUGCGGUUCAGGUUUUUCUUGAAGCAGGUGAAUAAAUCUUUUUAGCACACUGCACAAACGAACGGAUUCUCAUUGUGAUAUGGCCAGCACGACCGCACGUGCUCAAACUCAACAAGCGCCGCACCGACCCACGAGAAGAUGAGCAGGACCGGCAUGAUGAGACCGCAGCAGAACCACAACCCCGGUGCCGUCGAGCAGCCGACCACUAGCGCACUCGACGUGGUCGCGGUCACCCCCCGCGUGGUGAUUUUCCGCAGCCCCUGGCUGCUCGCAACGCACCGGGAGUGCCACCGAAACAACGUGGACCAACUGAGUCUUUUUUUCGAAGCCUUUGCACAGAAGCACGCCGAAGAGGAUGUGCGGAAAGGAGUUGUAGGGAGAACAUCGAGCUCUUGUUGCGGGUCCUCGUCAUCCUCGUCCUCUUCAAGCAGUGCUGGUUCGAUUUCGAGAACUCGUACUCGAGAUGCUGACCAUAAUUCGCCCGCCGACUCCGUUGCUCCUGUAAAAGGAUCCUACCAAAUUUUCGAUUUGAACGGAAACGAAAAUUUGCGAGAUUUCUUGCAGUCCAAAUUCAACUCACGACUAGUCAGCUUCACCUCGCCGGUUGGAGCUGCGACUAGCUCGUCUUAUGCGACGGGACAGCCCUCUGGCACAACAAGCAGUGCGGCUGGAGGUGCAGGAGAAGCGGGCAGUCGCAACUCCGCCACACAGCUGCAUGACCGAAUAGACCUGCAGCAAGAGCAGCUGUCUAUAGCAAGCAGAGCCACUGGCUCCAGCACCACAAGAUCUACAGCGAACGGUCCAGGACCGCCGGCGUUGGAGCUUGUGCUCGAGUUCGCGCUGGCCCUGAAGUGGUGGCUGUCGGUGGACAGGAAAAACGUCGCGUUUGUGCACUUCAAAGACAGCUCCUACUACAACCUCCUCUACCUGCUGGCCAUCUCGUUUGCCGCUUCAACAGCAACAGGCAGAAGUGAGGGUGGUUCGUUGAUGUUACAACCGGAAGGACUGGCUGAGACAAGCAAAGAGAAAGAUAGCGAUAGUGGAUCGGUGGACGGAAAGUUGAAAAAUGCUGUCGAGUUGUGUGGGAGCAGGUCCUCCUCGUCUUCUGAUGCUGUAUCAGCCUCCACGAGCACGGUCAUCUCCGCCCGGGACAACUCGUGCCCGCCACCGCCGUUUCGAAGCCCAGAGGUGCUGCAGGGAAUCGGUUUGGUGUCCACACCCAACUUCACCCGAUCGAACUCUGGGAAUAAGCUUGCGGAAUCUACUUCUCGCGCCUCAGCGAACUACGACGGGCGUGGUGUGGCUGGUGACGUACAGGCGAGAAGGGCGUCGAGAAUGGCGACUGCGGAGGAAAGUGCGCAUACGCUCUUUCAAGGCGAGGUCGGAAGUGCUUGCGAUUCUACUGGUAACAACUUCUGCAAAAAGUUGGUAGUGCCAUUAGCCGGACCGUUCGCAUCAUCAAGAGGGGCACAAGCGUCGAACAGUCAGCAUCGCGGAGAAGUAGAGAGUGGGAACCUGUGCGCCAGCGCAACAUCAAGUAGGGCGGCAGAUGAAGGUGUUGUGCACUUGAUGCUGGUUGACAUAGCCGCACCUGCUGAAAGGGCAUGUUCUUUGGCUGCACCUUUGCGCAAGUACAAUCACAGCAGUGGUGCUGGCAGUGAUCGUGCCAAAGUCGCUUUCGGACAAGAACCGCAGUUCCGCUCAUGGAAAGAGAUUUUGGACACCUUGCUGACGACAGCACCAGGGAAGCAGCAGGGAACAACUAACGACGAGAAAAUUCCAACUUCGAACACAUCUGGCAUCUCCGCAGUCGCUCCCUUACGAAAUUCGUCUUCCGCGAACGUGAUCUCUCCGUCGAAAACAGGACCAACGGGAUCGAGCGUUUCCUCGGUCGUAAAGAUGCUUCUCUUUUCCUCAUCGAGCAGCUCAACGAGCGGUGGUACUACAUCAGGCCCUGGAUCUUCUUCUUCAUCUAGCAGCAGCUCCAUGAUGAUGCCCGCGUCCUGUGUGCGUUACCUGACCUACGUCCAGGAACUGCUUCGCACCUGGCCUAGGGAGAUGGGUCGGAUUUGCGAUUUACGACCCGUGCGGGAUGAAACUGCUGAUGCAGCAAGAAAAGCAGCUGCUGACCAAGAACUUGCACUAGAUGCAAGAAAGCAACCAAGUCUAAUCGCUUCGUCCAGCUCGGAAGAAAAUCUCCGCGUUGCCGCGGUCGAAGACCCCGGGGGUUCUGAUUUGUCCACCUGCGAGCCGUCUUCGGGCAUGGUUUCUUCCGGUGGGUCAACAUUUUCCGACACUACUGCUAGCAGGAAGAUGAAAGCGAGUGAGGCUUCCAAUGGUGUCCGUAAUGGCUCGAUUGACGGUGUUGAUGUCGGCGGAAAACCUGCUUCACUCGCAGACGCAGAAACGCAAAAGCCGAAGAUUCGAACGCGGAAGUACCGGCUCCGGCGCAUCAAGGUCAGCCAUCCACCUGCGCCACCGCUGCCCCCACACCAGCACAACUUCGCACCACCAUCCGCCGGACCGGUCUACCACGAUACCGCAAACAGUCGCCCUCCACUGGCACUGGGAACUCACCACAGGAUGAAGUUAACUUUCAAAAUUUUCCAUUUCAACCACGAGUUCCCGACUGAGACCGCUUCCGACCUGAUUGCGACUGAACAGCAUCACCUGCAACAAACCGCGACGUCCCCGGAGUUGAGCACAUCGAGCACUAGCGAGGAGAGUAACACUAACAGCAAGCCGCACCCCUCGAACAGCAGCAACGCGCCAUCGAUCGCCUCCACGCACAGCCGGUGGAGCGAGCUCGAGCGGCAGCCGAUGUGGCAGCCGAGUGCGCGGCAGAAAGGGCCGAUACGCGCGACCUGUGCGAGCUUGAGUCGGUCCCCGAACUUGGUAAGGGCGGUGGGGGGCGGCGGGGUGAGUGGUAAUGGUCUAGCAACAGCAGAACAGCAAGACGACACGCUGUCCGCAUCGGAGUUGCGCCGGUUGGCGGGCGCGGGCGGGAGCUGCACGCCGAAAACAUCAGGGAGCUGCUACGACAGUGCUUCUGCGCUUGCCAGCCCAGCACUGUACAACCCAUAUAGUACAACGAGUACGACAUCCCGCACGCACAGUCUCCCCGGGCCGCAUAGCAUGGCAGGGUCAACGCUUGCCCCUCCGCCACCUUGUGCUUCCGCGGCAGCAAGCCAAAGGUACCGGAGCACCUCCCGGCCGCCGCAGCUGCCACCGCAAAUUGGAUCAUCGCAGAUGAUGUUGAGUCAGCAAGACGGGCUGUCUGCCUCGGAACUGCGCAGAUUACACAGUGAGGCAGCGAAGACCCCGAAGAGCUACGCUGGCGGUGGAGGUGGAGGGGGCUUUCUUACCAGCGCCAGUCUCGGGCUGAACCUGCAAUUGGGCGGAGCUGCUACGGUCAGAACGGCAUCCGGGUCGUCAACUUCUCGAACACCAGUGAAGCAAACGGGGACCGGCGCUAGUGGAACCUCUAGUACUACCAGCACGCUGUCGUUUCUGCAGUCCGCGGUUGCGCACUGUAUCCAGAAGACGCCCAUCAUCAAUUGCGGGCAAAAUAGCAAGGCAAACCAAUACGGUGGCUCCGCAAAUCUCCGCUCUCCCUCUGCACACUCCGCGAUGCUGGAGGAGCAGCACAUUUCCUACACGCAGGCCCGGGACCGCUUCGAACAGAUGGCGCAACACAACAAAUCGCCGUUCCUGUCGAAAAACCAGGUGUCCAUUGUGGAGUACCAAAACCAAUUCAAUUGGAAAACCGGGGGGAAAUUCAAAGAAGUGAUGACCUUGUUUGACGACGAAAAUGAUGCACGCGUUGAUCAUCAACACGGACAUUUGUUGAGCUACGGCAGCUCCUCCUGCAGCACAACCAGGAACAACGAUAGCAGUACAACUGUUUAUUGCAAAGCCGUGAGUUACGAGGACUACACCGAGUUUCACUUUGCGGAGGAAGUUUUAUUGGAAGGCAACGUAUGCAUCACCUGUUACCAACACGUCGACCACACAAGUAGCAACCUGCUUCCGCUCUGGCACUACUUCUUCCACACAAACUUCCUUCCGGAUCUGGUUGCGAGUUGCGCUCUUGCGGACACCUCAGGGAGGAGCAGCAACGACGAUGCUAGUGUCACAAACAUGCUCAAUCUGGCGCUCAGGAGAGAAGAUGUCGACCACGUGCUUGCGGACAAAAACCACGCCAACAAUCUUCACGCUGUCUGCAGCUUCCAAGCGUUGGACCCGGAAGAUGAGGUCGAUCCAAAGUGGCUAGCGUCAGCCUCAACGCAACAACAUCACUUGCAACUCAGAGAUGUGGUGUCAUCAAGUGAACAGCAGCAGUCUGCAAUAGCCGGCCGAAGCAACAGCAAGACGUUCACCUCGAUUGAAAACGGGGUGCUCCAGAUGAAAACGACAGUCGGCGUGAUCCAGAAUGGCAUUGCGAGGGUGGAAGUCGUUCCUGUGUCCGCGUCCUCGACUUCUUCUACGUCAAACGGAAUAAAGAGAAGCACUAGCAGAUCUUCGUCCGCGAAAAACAGCCCUGCGACGGAAACGGCAUUGCCCUCGCCGGUCUCCUCGUCGCCCGCACGGGUGCACAAGGGUUCGUCGAUGAAUACGAGGAGGGAAAACACUAUCCAUCAUCUCCUCUUCCCGACAAUACCAAAUCUGGAAAAAACCCAUCUUCUUUUCCGUAAACGACACCACUGUGCACCGAGCAUGAAGGAACUCCGGCUGCUGCUUGCGGACAGGGAGUUGUUUGCCGGUUCGAAGGUGCAACAAGUGCAAAAUUUGGAGGCGAAGGAAAAAGCGGAAAUUUUGAAGCUGGCGUUGCAGAUGUGCAGCAACGAUCUGGAAAAGGCACUGGAGGUUUUGGAAACCGUUUUUUCUCUGAACACAAACCCCUUUGUCAAGAAGCUGGCCGCAAAACGGGAAGUCGCAGCGCAACGUGCAGCGGCCAGGAAGCUGUUGCGAGAGAAGUUGUCUUCUAGUGGUGGGGCAAAAGUAGAAGCAGAGACCACAACGUCGCCAGGGAGGAGAUGCGGGGCUAUGCAUAGUCCACACGACAGAACUCAUUCUGGUGAAAUAACAGGGAGCAGUACAGCUAGAAUCGAGGCCGGAAAAACCACCAGUUUGCAUAGGACGCGAUCCGCGGCGCCUGUGCCGUCCAGGCUGUCAGAGUCUGAAUCAACUAGUCUGGGUGCUCGGCCCUCGCGUUUAGCGGUGACGCCAAAUUUGGAAAAGCGAGACGCCGCAGGUGUGCUGCCAGGGUGUGAAAUACGCGAGCAGGAACGGCAGGCCGACAAGAAUGACCAGUCCGCCUCCGUUUCGACGAGCAGCACGGUGGAACAAGCGAAAGCCAAGUUCUUACCCGGCUCUCGCAUCCUCGGCGACCGGCCCCCAAGACCACCGCCAGUGGCAUCGAAAAGUGUUCUUGGAGCAGCAAGCACCGUCACGCAGGCGGUCGAGCGGGAGCUGUCUCCUCCGGAACGAGCGACGUUGAGCGGCCCUGCGUCCGCCGUAGUUGCUGUUACGGGAGGUGUUGCUCGUGAUCAUGCUGGGCGGGACGACCUCCCCUUUUCAGAAAUCACCGCAACUUCACAAACACAAGUGAUUGUCGGAACUUCACCUUCCUCGUCCUCGAGAGUCGUGCCGCCAGAACUAGUGCCACCGGAGGAGGUACGACACGCUGAUUGUUAAGAUGAUGCACAGGCAUCAAUAUCAAAAUGCUGUUGGCUAUCGCCUGCACCUUUUGCUUUUGCAUGCACGGUCCCAUUGUGCAUUGUGAUUGUGAUCCGCUUUCUUGAGUCCUCCGACAUUCUCCUUUUAUUCCUUGGACUCGUAAACAAAAAAAAACCUCAAAACGUCAAGGUCUUAUCCUCUUCAUCACGCCGCACCCUGGAGCAGCAGCCGCGACCCCAGGGUGCCCUUGGAGGAAGGAGUGCGACAGAGGCUGAUCUUCUGACGCCGGCACUUUCCUCAAGGCAAGGGUCACCGGUCCACGUCAAGGAGCCUCCAGAUAAAGGCGCUUCCGAUCCUGUUGUUUCCGGUGCGGGUACACAGCCGCUGCAACCGGAGCGCUCUCCUCCUCAGACGACGACUGGAACGUCGUCGAGCACGAUGAAGUCGAAGCUUCUUGUCCACUCCUCCCCAAAACUUGACGCGCUGCGGAACCAGUUGUACGUGCCGCGCCCGCCGCCGCCACGACAGAAGAGCGCUGAUGCAGGAACUUCCGGCUUGCAAUUUCUCCCCGGUAGCCCGCCACGCUCUCCCGGGUUGUCGACCCGGCCUGCUGGCACUGUUCGUGCUGGCGUGUUGCCUGCGAAAACCGAUGGCGUGUUGCAAGGACAACAUGGACAAGUUUCGCGGCUUCGCGAUGUUGUUGGACAUCAGACGCAAACGCCACAGCUGCAUCCGACAGGCGGCGCAAACAGCGAAAGAACUCCCACGGUGUCGGCGUCCUCUGCACGUUCGAUGUACCAGCGGAAGAGCCUUCCAGCCGCGCCAUUGCCACCACCGCACGCGCUGCUAUCGCCGGCGAAAAGUGUUAGUGGUCAACAUCAAUUUGCUGGUGGAACCUACGCGAAGGAGCACGAAUCCUGGUGUUUGACCUCGGAAAAGAUUGGCGGAGCCUACCAGUCCUCCAGACCGCCGGAGAGAGUGGCAACCAGCGAUGACCAUGAGGCAAGAACAUCUGCCGCUGGUGGAACUCAUCGUGUGGAGGAAAACGUCGGACAAGCCAGCGGACAAGGGUCCUUCGAGGGUCGGAGGGUGGACUCUUCACGCAUUCAGGACUCACUGGAGCUUCCAGGAACUCGGCUACAGGCGCCACUUGGGAGGCACCAGACGGACCACAGAGAGAAAUUGCACGCCAGCUCUUGUACUACUGAAACGAGCGCAGGACUUACUGCUGUUGUUCAUCGUGAUCAUCCUGUGGCACCAGAGCAAGUGCUUGCAUCUGGGUCCGCUUCAUCUUCACGUGUUCUUGGGGCCGCUGCUGGUGAAGAACCAGAGCAGCUCGUCUUAGUACCUGCCACGGUGCAUGUCCAAUCUUCGCAUCCGCCACAGCAGUCGCCAACUUCAUCUGCCAGCACGCAGCCGGGUGCUCCUUCGAUGACGAAGCGACCUCCGCUGCCGCCGAGCGGAUCGCCGGUUUCGAACCAAGGAGCUGGUCGUCAACCUCCUCAACCCGAUCAGCGCGUCGUCCUUCUCCCAGCCAACGGGCAGCAGCAGCCACCACUGGCAAUGCAAGACGACAGGGGGGAACCGGUUUCAGCUUCAGGAGUUGCCUUGGUCAAUAGCAGCACCGGCACUUGUUUUCCCAAUAGCAAGCCCCCGGUGGAGCAGCUGCACCAGCACACUCAGCCGCACGUCAGCAUCACAUCUUCCUCGACGCGCACGACCUCCUGCUCUAUCGCGUCCGUCUCAUCCAUUCUCGACAGUCUGGACCCGAACGCAGUCGACGACGACCCGCUGCUGGCACUGGUGCAAACUAGUGGAAGUCAAAGUCGCAAGUCGUCUUUGCAGGACCACGUCGAUCUGCCGCCGGACCGAAACGUCUUACGAAACCAGGAUGAAACUGCGCGCCAGCCUGUACCUGUAGAUAGCGAUGGUGGAACGAGCGGUGCAGUCGUGGCAAGCGGACCUCCAGCUUUCACGGCCAGCACGAGUGCGGCCUUCGACGCGCUGUCGCAGCCUCUGGUGCUGAAGUCCAGAAGUCCGUCUGGUUCUCCGGGAGCAACGCCACUGCAGCAAGACGGACACCUGAACCAACAGCACUUGAAGAAAGCUGGGACUAACUCGCCUUCAUCGGUUCUUCCCUUUUCACAAUCGCGAUUGUCGUCACCUGCCGCCGCGGUCAAUCCGUCCAUAACGUCGCCACCGAGCACGUCACCCACUUCAUGCACGGGCGGGCAGACAGUCAGUGUGCCAGAAGGUUUCAAGAUCGCACUGGUCCCGGUUGCGCAAGCGACGGCGAGUAAGGAGCCCUCUCUCGUCGGCGAUGCAGGUAAAGGCGAUCUUGCGGCGAGCGCAAAAGCUGCAAUGGCGGAAGAUGACGAGCAUGUUGGCGGCUCCGCAAAAGGAAAAUCGGGACAGGAAAAGGGUCUUGGUGGAAAAGAGAAUCUGCAGCUAGGUGGAAAGAAGGGCAAGCCGCCGAGCGCACCGCCUGCGAAAGGAGGUACUUCCAAAGAAACCUCCUCGAAAGGGGCUUCUUCCAAGCCCGCCCCACCCGCGAAGGGCAAGCCAGAGCCCCCAGGCAAGGGAGCAAAGCCGGCGCCACCGGCGAAGGGCGGGAAAAAGGGGGCUCCGGCGUGUCCACCAACCGGGGCGGGGGGAGCGAAGGGCGCGAGCAAAGGCGCGGGGAAGAAAGGGAAUAACUCGACUGCAGCAGGGAAGAACUCUGCGACAGCGGCGAAGAAGCGGCCUGGGUUUCUUCCCCUCGGAAAACAGCUCUUCUGGACCGACACUUCGCACGAGGCCACGGGAAAGCACACAAUCUGGGAGGCGCGGAUCUCCGCGGAUUUGAAGGCGCAGCUUUUCGACGACGUCGAGGAGUCUGACUCGGACGCAAGCAGCAACACGACUGAGGACGACGAAGACAGAAAUGAAGGCACUGCAAUGUUGCUGGAUAAGACGAACAAGCCGCUUUCCUCUGCCUCCAGACUGAGCUGCGAGAGUACCAGUAGAACAAGCUCUUGCACAGAGGCUGGCGCUCCUGAUGGUGAAAAGAUCGAUGGUGCACAGCGCGAAUCAACAAUAUCCCGCUCGGGUGGAACAACUGCGAACGCAAUCGUGCUGGACCAAGGGCUGCAUCGUCCAGACGACGGCGAAAGUGGUGUUCUGGAGCGGAAAAAUUCGGGUCUCGACGCUUUGUCCGUCGGCGACAACGAUCCUGAUUUCGUCCCGUCAGACAAAGAGAUCACGGACGCUUCGAGCACGACCACCGCCAGCACACGACACCCCGCGGAAAAUACCGCUCCGGACGCCAGCUUGUCACAGAAACGGAAAAAUCUCGACAAGAAGCUCGCGAACCGCGAGCGCCACGACCUGAAGUCGAUCGGGUCCUUCGCCGCGGAACUGCAGAAAAAGUACGGGUUCCGAGUGCGCAAAUCGAAGAACAGCAAAAAUGACAGCUCGGAUGACGAGGGAACCGCAUCGGGCCGAAAAGGCGGCGCAGGAAAGAACGGGCAGAACGGCGGUGGAGGCAAGGGCGCGGACGGGAAUGGCAAGGGUGCAAACAAGAAAGGGAAGAAGCACGAGGAGCAAGCAAUUCUCUCCCGCGAUCGGCAUUUGCAGAUAUCCGUCUGUCUCGCGAGACUGCCGCCCAAGGACCGGAUUCUGGCGGAUUUACAGGCUUGCACGUACCUGCACCGGAUACGCGAGCAGCCUAUUGUGGAAGAGCUACGCGAGCGGUACUUCGCGACGGCCGCGGAGAAGUCGGUGCAGGAGAUGCUUGACGCCGGGAGUCCGGCAAACAAUUUUGGUGGAGGUGGUAUCGACGAGCAAAGGGAUCCCUUCCUGGCUUUGCCCUCAGAUGUAGUUGUGAAGGAGGGCGGUGAGGACGCACUGGAAAUGCUUGAAGAGAAGAGCUACAUUGAAGGAGCAAGAUCCAGCACGGUCGUGGCUGCAAGACCAGCUACGGCAGCGAAUGUAGGAGCCGCAGAUCUGGUUCAACUGCAAGAAGGGCCAGGAGCAGAUACAGAGCGAGCCGCUCUUGAACUCGAACUCCAAGACAACACGAGCAAAAAACUGCGCCCUCUCUCCUUUUUCGUCCGCUAUGACCAGGACGAGUUGGAGAAUUACAAGCGGCUUUUCCCCACGGACGAGGAGAUCAAGAAGAUCAACCUUGUCCAGAGCCCCGAGCAGCUGCACCCGAUCGAGCAGUUUGUGAUCCAGCUGAAAAAAACCGUUCCCCGGCCCAUCGAGCGCAUCCGCCUGAUGCAGUUUCAGCUCGAGACGAGUCUCUGUUGCAACACCGACUACGCGGGGCACGCGUUCCUCCUGCAACAACGCAGGAAGCUGUUUUUCUCCCCUGGAUCUUCGACUCUUCCGGGACCUCUGGAAGCGAUGUUGUUCUCCUCGGACCGGUUCAUGCCGCUGCAGUUGCAGGGGAAGCACGCGCCACUGGUUUUGGCGGUGUUGUACGGAGGCUCCUGCUCGGGGGCGGGCCGCGCGGAGCGGCAAACACCGACGGCACGACGGAGUGCCCCGGGCGCGAUGGUCGACGCGGCGGCCCUCGCGCGGAUGACGGUGGCGACCACGUUGCCCGAGCCGGUGCCGUCCAUCACGGCGAGCGCGGUGACAACGAUAUCGGAAUUCAUCCAGGCGAACUCGGACGAGUGGCACAGCGUGACGCACGCGAGCUCCCCGGGCGUGGAAGACGAAGCGGCAAACUUCUCCUGGUUUUUGCAGGCGGAGUUCGGAAAUCUCGGUCCCAAGGCCGCGGGAGUGACCGGGCACGCGCGCGCGGUUAUGCCGCUCGAAAAUUUGCCGCCGGAACUGUUUCUUGCGUCCUCGUCCACCUCGAGUGCUGGAGCAUCAUCCUCAAAUGCACAGCUUUACAGGGGAGGACUCGGCUCUAACCAGCAGAAGGAUCAGUAUCAAGAUACGGUGUUGAAAGAGCUCCUUGCGAUCGAAGCGGCUGUGUACGAGUGUUUGCACAGUAAGGCACUGCAGACCCUGCUGACGAUGGUUUUGCUGCUUGGAAACUACGUCAAUUACGGUGUCGACAUCGUGGCGCACUCGACGGGGGCAGCUGCAAGUGGGCCUAGCUCCUCGUCGUCCUCCUCGUCUUCAGCGACCGAGGAGAAGGACAAGCAAGCAAGUGCGGCCGCUGAAAAUAACCUGGACGGCAGUGGUGACUCGUGCCAAAAGCAACCGAGCGAAACGUCGGAGGGAGCGGAAACCGCAGCUAAUGCGGAAAACGACGGGAGCAAGACGCCGUCCUCCUCUGCGAAGGGCGAUUUAGACGAUCUCCUGCACACGAAGUCUUUUGCCAUCGGCAGUUUGAAGAAGCUUCGCGAAAUGAAGAUUCAGGGGCAGAAAGGAGAGGUAUGGAUAACUUUCAUGAUUUCUUUCUUCAAUUCACGAUGAAUUCGCACGGACUUCUGCGCCGGCUCCUGUCGCUUAUAUCUUUAUGUUGCAAGUCCAAGUUGCCAUUGCUUUGCAUGACCGGUCUGCAUACUGGUUUUCACUAUUUUUGUCAUUCAGGUCGACAUGCUAACGUUCCUGGUCCACCGCCUCCCGCCCGACUUGAAUGAGCAGCUGAAAUCCGAGCUGCACUACGUCCUGGCGGUUUCCAACAGCAUCGAUUUCGCUGACGUCCGGGAGAAAUUGAAACUCUUCAACGACAAUUUGAAUUUUGCGACCCGGGAAAUUGCCAAGGCACCAACAGCGGUCAUACCAGCGGGAGUUCCGGUAGCUGUACAAGUACAACAAUCGUCAGCCACUGGGGGAAAAAAGGACGAAGACAGUGUUCCUGCGACAAACACUAACGAGUCCGCCCCCCCACGGCCUCUGUACAGCGCAGCUUGCAUCGACGACAUCAAGGACAGCAUCCAGCGGGGUGAGCAGAGGAGAAUCCUGCUCCAGGCCCUGUUCGGCUACACGGACCUGCUGGGGCGCUACCUGGUGCGGUAUUUUGCGGAGGACAAAAAUAAGGAGACUUGUGAGACGUUUUUCAAAAACCUCGGGUCCUUCCUGCGCGACUUCGACGCCGCCGCGAAGAAAAGCCGGAAGGAACGGGAGAAACGGCCGAAGACUUCGUCGGCUGCGUUUUCGAGAAGGGAGGCCAGGAGGGGGACGAGGUGAAAGUUGGACAUCUUGUUGACUACCUGCCAGUGCCAGCAUUGAGUUUGUCGUUUCCUUCAAUUAGUGUUGGGGUUGGCCAUAAAUGUACUUAAUAUGCUGCCUACCGUGACCGUCGCUACCAUCUGGUGCCUGUGGGGUUACGUAUUUGAUUCGCGUGUUGACGCAUUCGCAGGCCCUGAAGAUGCUUAGCUUUCCUUCGCAGUUAUUUUGCCGGCUUUACCUACUUUUUAACUUUUUGAACCUUUCCUGUAGCUAUUCCAGACCGUGACAAUACAAGAACUACUACCCUUUUAUUAUAAAGAAAAAAGUUACUCACGCGAGCUUUACGUCAUUUUUGCACCUUAGUUUAUUUUGCGUCGAAUCGGAACAAACUUUGGAUACAUGGAGUGCUAGCUUGUAUUUUUGCGGUAGUGUGGUGCUUUUGUGUUGCCAUAGAAUGCCGAACCGUGGCGGAUUUUGCACGAGAAAAAACUCUACGUACUCUAUACGUAACAAGCAACCUUCAGACUCAACUUGUGAAGUGCUAAGCAGAAAGAAGAGAGACAACUACAAUUUUACCUAUCAACCUCAGAAUUUCUUGGGAAUGAUCCAAUACCAAUCUUAUUUUUUUCACUAAAACAUAACGCCCGGAAAGCAUGACGCGGGUGCUAUCUGACUCAGCAACGCUCUAUCUUGAAGAGCCGUACGAUGUCGAAAAAGGCUUUAUCAACCUCUAAGUAGUGAUAAUAAGCGCGACCUCAGUGCGGUUUCUGUUGAGAUGAUUUAUUGCGCCUCGUUUUCAUCCCGGUGGAUUUUAUGGGAUGGACAAAAGUAGGCAGCCGCGCAACAACCCGAUGCAGUGACAGCCUUCAAU